UUUCUUUAUUCCCUUAUGUUUUGACGGCGUUGUUAAGCAAGAUAAACAAGACUGAUUUUUAAACCGAUUUAAUUAGUCGGGUCCUCCACCACUAGAUGGCGUAAUCUGGCCAUUGUGUAAGGAAGUGAGCAUGUUGACAUUGUAAUGGUCGCUGAAGGAGCAUUGAAAGAAAGCGGCUUGUUGAUGCGUACUGCAGACGGGCAGAAUUCAUCACCCACAUGUGGGGGGACAGAUGCACAUGGACUUGAGGGCUCACAUCUGAGUCUUCUGGGGUUCAGUCUUCCUAGUGUCCAUGCUUCUGAUAGUACCUCCACACAGACCUUACCACAGCACCUAGAUAAACCAGAGUUUCCUGACACAGGAUGGGAUCGGAUCAAAUAUCUUUUCUACAGGAGCGAGGGUCAGAUUUACUCAGAGGAGUUAAGGAAUAUAGUAAAGAGUGGCAUUGCUGCAGCUGUGGUUGGGAUGGUCUAUGGAGGCCUACCAGGAGCAAGACAUGCUCGUGAGAGAUUCAUCCAGCUCAGCCAGGCUGAAAUUUACCAAAACAGAGUGGAUGCAGUGCGCUCAGCCCAUAAUGCAGCUAUUCGUGGGUUUGUGCGCUUUGGCUGGAGGUGGAGCUGGAGGGUAGCAGCUUUUGUGACCAUGUUUAACACUGUAAGUACUGGAUUGACAGUGUACAGAGACAAAAAUGCUCUGAGCCAUUUUGCUGUUGCAGGUGCUCUCACAGGAGGAGUGUUCCGGCUGAAUCUGGGACUUAGAGGGCUACUGGCUGGUACGGCCAUAGGAGCUAUACUGGGGCUGCCGGCUGGAGUUGUAAUCAUUGGUCUGCAGAAGCUGGGGGGCGAGUCCAUGCAUGACAAGAGACAACGGGAAAGACGAGAGCUACAUGAGCUGAGAGUCGCUGAAUGGAAUGCUCGUCUCAAGCUUACAGAUGAUCUCAUUGGGGAAAUGAAGUGUGAGAAACAUCAGGACACUGAUAAUGACCUUCAACGAAUAGAGGAGCUCCUCAAUCAACCUAGGAAUGAGAAAGGAUGUUCUACUAAAUUCCUGGAUCCUGGUACCUGUUCCCAGUAUACGUGUCAGUGACCAGUGACCAUCAUUAUCAAUGUAAUACUUACCUUCAAAUGCAAAUGUUAUCUACUGCACGUAUGUGCAUAUCCCUAUUUAUUUUAAAACCUGCAGAAACUUGAUAAAGUUGUUGCAGUUGGGUAAAGUAUUUGGAUUAGACACAUUUACAAGUAACAAAUGUUUUGUAUGUCGGUAUUGUAAUUGAUGGGUUUAACCAAUGUAAAAUAUCAGUGCCAAAUAAACUCAACAAAAAAGAAG